AUGGCUCCAAAAGGCCACCGGCAUGGCCCAUCAAGUAGCAUGUUUGCUCAGAUUACUGAGCCCAUACCUCUCCCUACUCGCUUUGCCCGAAUCAAGAGAGAUUUGGUUGAGGGUAAAGAAUCUCAGAUCAAGAGUUCAUGGAUAAGACUGCUUGUCAAGUUGAACACUGAAAUCGACAUCAUCGCCAAAGCCGGCUCGGAUAUCUACCCAUCUAUUGAUUUUAACGAUCUCAAUGACUCUUCAGUUGCAAAUGACUUUUCUUCAAGACUCAAGGAACGAGGUGUCGCUGUUAUUCGGAACGUAGUUCCUCAUGAUCUGGCUGCGAAAUGGAAGGCAGAUACCGAGGCUCACUUAGGAGACCUUCAGGCGCAACGAUUGCCUACCCACGAUCCGCAUCUUUACGGGGUUUAUUGGUCUCCUGGGCAGAUCAAAUCUCGAGCCCAUCCGAACGUUCUCUAUACUCAACGUUUCCUAAUGAAUUUAUGGCACUCGUCUGAGCCGGAAGCGCUUGUGAGCCCCAAUUUCCCCAUCAGCUAUGCCGACCGCAUGAGGGUCAGGAGACCUGAGGAUGAGACAUGUUCCCUCAGUGUAUAUGUUGACGGAGGAAGCGUGGAGCGUUGGGAGCCGGAUGGCUAUGGUUCAGCAGCGACCUAUCAACCCAUUUGGGAUGGUCGUUGGGAGGAUUGGGAUCCAUGGGAAAGCAGCACUCGACUGAAAGUGACAAGCGAUUUAUACAAUGGUGACGGCUCAUGCAGCGUCUUCCGCAUGUUUCAGGGCUGGGUAGCUUUGAGUGAAGUUCCAUUUGGCCAUGGCACCCUUCUCUUAUGUCCCAUGAUCCGACUCACAACUGCAUAUCUUCUUCUGCGGCCCUUUUUUGUGCCUAAAGACUCCUCACCGGCAAGCCCAGACUUUCUUACGCCAGGGAACUGGAUCCUUGAAGAGCCGCCUUCCUCUGUGAUUCAAGGUGCAUUGCCGUCUUACCCACAGGAGCUCAAUGAUGCAUUACACCCUCAUCUACAGCUUCAUCGGAGCAUGAUCCCCAUACCAAAACUUGACCCUGGUGAUUACCUUGUCUGGCACUGCGAUACCGUCUACGCCCUUGAUCGUCUCCGUCGCCCAGACAUCCCUCCUACAACAAUCAUUUAUCUUCCAGCCUGUCCAUUAACUCAGACAAAUGCCCUAUAUCUUGCUCAUCAGCGCAAGGGUUUUCUGCAUGGGGAAGCCGGCCCCGACUUUACCGGAGCACCUACGGGCGAUGUCAAUAUCGGAGGAGAGCAGGCCAUUAGAGAGGUUGGUGAGGCAGGCGGUCUAGACGGCAUGCGUGCAAUGGGGUUAUUGCCCUGGGAUGAGGAUGAAGCUCAAGAUGACUUUGAGUAUGCAGUAUUGGAAAUGGCAAAUGGUGUAUUAUUUCCAGAAAAGUAUGAUGGGGCCUACUGA